UGCAGUCACGUGGUUGCAGUCUUCCGUUCUUCUUUUUUGGACAAAUGCUUCGUGGAAUUACCCUUCUCUUCUUCUCCAUCGGCCUUUCUUGUGCCUGGGAUCAUUUUCAAUUCGAUAUCACCGUGUUCUGCGAGCUGAAUAAUAUUCAGGAUUAUAACUUGAAAAUCGAAUGGGUCGAGGUGGAUAGUCUUAACGGCCAAGACCAGCUCUCCCAACCGAAGAUUCUCAUUCUGGGACCCGGCCGACAAAGCUUCUCCCAAGACGGAGCCUUGAACGGCGAUGAGAUGUUCUCGGCUGGAUAUAAGCCCAGAGCUCUUAUAAGUCAUGAUUGUACUAGUGAUCGGAAACCAGUGGAUCUUCAAUUGACUGUGAAACGUCUCUGUGAAAUUGGACAUCUGUGCCACUACCGUAUCAUCACCGAUCUCACCAAUCACUGGGGAAAAGAAGACAUUGAGCCAGCGAACUUUAUUCAUGACAAUAUUGAUCAAUUUUCUGAUUUCCCAUAGAUUCCCCAUAGUUUAUUGAUAAUAAAAUUGCUUAUUUG